UCACCAAUCAAUGAAAAGAGCCGAAGACAUCGGCUCUGUCAUACGAUCAGCUGUGUCCAAUCACAGCUGAUCGCAUGAGAGCCGGUAAUCGGCAUUCCUCAGAGGGGACAUGUACAAUGAUCAUCAGGGCACUGAUGAUCAGUGUAGCCCCAUCAAUGCCACCCCUGCCAGUGCCACCUAUCAGUGCCAUAUAUGAAUGCUACCUUUCAGUGCCACCUACCAGUGCCUCCUCAUCGGUGCAGCCUAUCAGUGCCCAUCACUGCAGCCUCAUUAGCGCACAUCAGUGAAGGAGAAAAAUCACUUAUUUACAACAUUUUAUAA